GUCUGAUUUAGUUGUAUCUGGGUAUACCUAACUAACUUGUCAAUGGAAGAUGUUUUGAUUAAAUUGUUUGGUUAAUACACUGUGCUUUAAUUCAGGCAGUCAGACAUAGGAAUUUCAUGAUAAUAGUGGAAAAAAACCACAGUGAUUUCUUCAGAAGCUCACUGGGAAGUUGGAAAAGAGUUUGCAAUAGGUGGGGAAAGCAGCACUGUCUGAGGGGCUCCCUUGGUAUGGAAGAAGUUUCCCCAUUCUGGUCCAGUCUGGUUGGGAUGGGAUUGUGUGACCUCUAUGCUGUGCAUUAGCCCUUAGGUCCUUGUUGGGACUUUUUCUUUUUUUCUCUUUUUUUGUCUCUUGUCUCUGGUUUUUGCAGGGGCUUCAGUAAGGCUGUGUCCUUACUCAGAGUUGCAAGUACUCAGACCUCCAAGAAGCUGUGCCUUCAAUUUUCGGUGGCUGCUUUGGCUGUGGUCUGUCCUUAGAUGCUGCUCUGGCUUAUACUGGCUUUGUACCACGCAGUGGCUGGAUGGUGGAGGAGGUGGUUGGUAGGCAGGUGUGCUGGUGGUGGGUUUCCCUACUGACUGUGAUUCUUCAGAUUUGUUCAUUUCUUCAAAUGGUAGGACUAGGAAACAGCUGUCGUGGGAUGAAGUCUCCACCACUCCUCGUGGCUGCGCUCGUGGCGUGCAUAAUUGUUUUGGGUUUCAAUUACUGGGUUGCAAGUUCUCGCAGCAUGGAUCUGCAGGGUCGCGUCAUGGAUCUGGAAGGCAAAGUCCGCAGGGCAGCAGCAGAAAGGGGUGCUGUGGAACAAAAAAAGAAUGAAUUCCAAGGGGAGCUAGAGAAGCAGCGACAGCAGAUUGACAAAAUCCAGUCCUUGCACAGCUUUCAGAUGGAAAAUGCGAACAGAGCACAUCAGGAAGAGAAGGCAGUGCUGAUGAGUAACAUCACAGUAAAUGAUCGGCUGAUUCAGAGUCUACGAGAACACUUGAAAGAGUUGCAGACGGAAUAUGGAAAGCUACAGCUGGAUGUUUACUGGUUUCAGAAGAACCAAACUAACCUUCAGAGGAAGUUCUCAUAUGAUCUCUCACAGUGCAUCAACCAGAUGAAAGAAUUAAAAGAACAAUGUGAAGAAAGGAUAGAUGAACUUAGAAAAAAGAAUAGUGAUGUACCACAAAUCAAAGAAAACAAAGACGUCGCAGAAGAUAGCCAGGCUGAUACUCAACUGCCAGCCUUGAAGCAAGCAGGGUUCAAGCAAGAUGACUUGGAACAGCAGAAAACCAAUGGGAAUAUUCCUAAAGCAGUACCUACAGUAAGAAAGACAGACCUGAUGCAGGUUAAAGAAAGAACAGACAGCCUAACUGACAUGAGAAAACAGGAGCCUAAGGCAGAAGAGGAGCAGCUUUCUAAUCAGUUGGAAAAACCUCAAGAGUUGCUCAAGGCUGCUGCGGGUCACAAGGAGAUGCUUCCUGUGUCAGAGAAGGAACCAAAAGCACCUGAGAACGAGAAACAUGUAGCUGGGCAAGAUAUGUCAGAGCCAGCUGCAGAGCAGACUGCCAGUGAGGAAGUUGAGCGGGAACAGUUCCUAAGUUAUGAUGAUAAGCAGGAUGACUUGCUCCCUGGAAAGGCUGACAAACAGGAACGUGAAGAAGUGAACCAGGACAAGGAUGUCGAUUACAAUUUAGAUGUAAAUGAAGCUGAAUCAGAAACUGACAAGCAAGCAGCACUUGCUGGGAUUGAAAAUGUUCAAAACCAUGAAGAUAUGAAGAACCACUUACCUGACAAUGGUGAAGGGCUGCAGAAGUUGUGAACAAAGGAAGUUCAUGAUACAACUGAGUCACCUCUUCACCUAAAUGCAGCCAUGAUCCAAGCAAAGUGAUCUUAGAAGGUUUUGAUUAUCUUCUAAAGACUUGACUAAGGGCCCAAACAAAGUAGUAUUUUCUUGUGAAGUUUUAGUCUUGUUGCAGUGAGGAAAAGAGGUAUAUCUCUGGAGGCUUGUUUCAAAGGAGUUUGGCCUCUGCAAUGACUUUCUCCUUCCUAUCAAUUAUAAAAUUGCAAUCAGGUAGCAAUAAAGUUUGUAACUUUGAAGUUGGCUACCUUAUAUGGUCCUACUGCGGUAAGCGUAUGUGUGGAUUAGUGGUAGAUGAUGAGCAGUCCUCUGCCAAGGAUGGAUCUCUCUGCUGAUAAAGCACAACUGUAGUCCUCAGAUACUAUGCAGAAUCAUAUAUGUACCUAGGCCUCUAAAUAAAAUUCCUAGAGUACAGUGUCGAGAUGUGUUCUUAGCUUCAAAGUUAAAAAAAACCCAAAAAGGAUUCUGACAAUAGAAGCUUCUUGCAAAGAGAUUAGCCAGGAAGAUUUUUCUGAAAGCUUUGUUUGAUUCCACACAGUCAGUACUACAAUUUAGUUUGGUUACCACUACUGGGCACAAGUUUAGCGUAAAAAUUCAAACUCACAAUCUUCAUGACAGAAGCCCUCUGAAUUGUGUACUGCAACUACCCUUUAUUCCACCCGGCCGCUUUCUUUUGUGAAAAUAGAGGAAUGCAAAUGCUUGCCUUGUACAACAACAGCAAUCUCAUCUGUUCAACAUGACUAAUCUUCUCUGCUGGACUUCUGACAGAGGUAACCAGACUAUGCCUUCAGAAGACAAGGCAGCCUUCCAGAGGUGAGGCUUUAGUUGUUAUGAAGUUGUACAUUAAUUACAAUGUAUCAUCUUGUUAAUGUUCCGCAGUCUUUUCUGUUAAAUGUAAACUAAAAUGUAAACUAAAAACUAUUUUACUAUUUUACAUCCUUAACUGCAGUCCAACAACCAUGUAUAGGCAGCUGGUUUGAAGAAAUUUUUAUAUUUGUGUCUGCUCCCAAGACUGACACCUGUGUUUGGAGCAUUGCUUUUGAGUAUUAACCAACCUCUAUCAAGACAGCACAGCUGCCAGACAGCUGUGACUAACUUGCCAACCAGCAUUCCAUUUAAGAAAACAUAAAUUUGUCUUUGCCGUCCGUUAAAGCACUUCACUUUGUAACUCCCUUUUGUGGUGUGUCGUUCUUCAGUGUACUAGUAUAUCCUGUACCUUAAGAUAAGGCUGGCUCUUUUGUGUAUGAAGAGAGUAUUAGUUGUCAUCAAGUGAAGGUCAGAGUUAAGUCAAAAGAUGCCUGUUAAGCCUAAACACAGAAACAGUUUAACAGUUUUUCACAAUUUAAGUAAGACCUAACUGGUCUGGGCUACAAUCAACACAGCAGGGAAAACAUGCUUGUAAAUGGGAGAAGAGGAAUGAGCAUCUGUUCUGACAAGUAUUGGGAAGCUCUGGUUA